CCCACUCUUGUCGAUGCGCCUCGUCCGAGCGCUGUCCACGACAAUCAGACGCGUGUAUGUUCAUUCACCGUUGACCGUGACGGGCAGCAGACUGCAGAGGGUGUUCAACAAGUACUACACCAUGGACCACCAGCCCUCUAAGUUCCAUCCCAGCCUGAACAGGGACGCCGCCUUCAUCCUCAAGUCUUUUGCAGUCGAUGAGACCACGAAGCAAUCCCGUGAAGCACUCUUGACCCGCCUGAACAAGACCAUCGGUGCUGAAUACGACGGUCGAUUCAGCGUGGAUGACUACAGCUUCCACAAAUACGGACAGGACAUCUACGGGCCUCCUCUCGAGCUGUAUAUCGUCGACACGAAGUACGAGCAUGGCCUGACGCCAGACGUAGACCUGGACGACCUCCCGCUCAUGUACGACCCGAGCUGGGUAGCCUCCCUCCUCCUACGCGCAGGCUUCAACGGCACCUUCCCAAUGCCUAACUUCCCACAUCGCGCCUCGCAGCUCUCCGCCACAGAAACAAUCACACAACCCCUCGUCCUCCCCGAUCCCGGCAUUCCCUGGCCCUCAUACCCUCCCAUCCCAUUCAAACCUCCGCACCCACCCUCCCAAAAGUCUAAAUCCAAGUCCAAAUCCUCCUCUCCCUCUU